AUGUCCGUCACUCUCACCGAGAACCGCACAGUCUACUCUCUAGGCAGGACACUCGCCGAUUACGAUUUGCAACACAGUGGUGAGGAAAACGACGUCUCAGAAAGUCCCAACUCUCGUCCUGCGCCGCAAGGUGCCGGCAACAACCCAGCAGACUGGGAGGACAACUUUCGCCGGGUUCCAGACUAUCGCCCUGUCGACUAUGAUCUCGACUUCGCGUACCGCGACACCACACAGAAUGGUAUCGAGCGAGCUUUCAUUUGGAACAUGUUCAGUGGAAUCGUGCUCACAUCGGCGACCAAUAGACUUUGGAGAGCUACUGGAGGAAAGCUGAACAACACGUACUUCCGUUGGCAGGUUGGAGGAGAACACUGA